CCCGCGCGAUAACUGCCGACCUUAUACAUACUAUAUUCGAGAUCUUGUUAUCUCUGUCCCACCAUCAGCUCUCCGACAAAGCAUGGUGAGCUUGCAGCGCCGAGCUUAACACUGGAAGACAAGAAGGACAUUUGCGCGGGUUGCGCCGACAGAAUCUCCAGCUUGACCAACACCUCAUCAUUUCCUCUUUGUAUUAUAUUCCGCACUCCUAAACAACCUCUGUAACUACACCAGCUAUCAUGGAUCUCGCAAACACCCUUAUUCGCAGCGUCGUGCGCGCCUUCUACGAGACCCGCCACAUCCUCGUAGUAGAUGCGCUCUUCAUCCACUCCGUUCUUCACGCAGAAGAUCUCGCAUUUCUUCUCGGCAUGCAACAAAAAGACCUACGGAAACUCUGCGCCAAGUUGCGCGAAGAUCGGCUCAUCUCCGUGAGCACGCGCGCUGAAAUUCGCGAUGGCUCAACCCGCCCCGUGAACCGCGAAUACUACUACAUCCCACUACACCCCGUCGUCGACGCGAUCAAAUACAAAGUCUCGAAACUUACCUCCACAAUAAAAGCCCAAUACACACCAAGCCAAGAGCGCAAAGAAUACAUCUGCCUCCGCUGCGGCUCCGAAUGGACCGAACUCGACGUCCUCAGUCUCUACAGCGAAGAAGGCUUCGAAUGCCAAAACUGCGGGGCGAUCCUCGAACGCACCGAGGACGUCAAAGGCGCCGAAGGCAUAGACAGAACCGGACACGAGAAAAACAGCAAACUAAUGAACCAACUGGACACAAUGCUCAAACUCCUCAAACAAAUCGACUCCGUCGAAAUUCCCCCCAACGACUUCGACACGGCCUGGGACCAUAAAAUCGACGUCGUCCGGAACCAGCAAACCCACCCCACACGAGCGGCAGUCAUCGUGCCCUCGAAGCAACAACAAGAAGCCGUGCGCGGCAACACCAAGACCGACGCCACCGCUCUCGAAAUUUCCCUCACCUCUAGCGAAGAGAAAUCCGCCGCCGAACAAGCCGCCGAAGCGGCGCGCAAAGCGGCAGUCGAGAAACAAAAUGCCCUGCCAGUCUGGCACACCCACUCCACGGUGUCCACGUCCGCGGGCAACGGGCCGCAUGUUAAAUCUGAGACAGACAUCGACAUCAAACCGGAGAUCAAGCCCGAAGACGAAGACCGGAAACCGGAAAUCAACGGUCUGGAUGACAAGGUCGCGGCGUACUAUGCUGAAAUGGAGCGUGAGAAGGCCCUCCAGGCGCAAGAAGACGCAAGCAGUGCAGAGGAAGACUCGGAUGAGUUUGAUGAGUUCGAGGAUGUGGGUGUGUCAGCUAGUGAUGCGGCUGCUUCUCCUGCUGUUAAUGCUACGCCUACGCCUGGUGGGGGCCCUACUAGUGCGCCGAUGCAGCAGACUUCGACUACGUCUUCGGUUGGUAUCAAGCGGGAGUUGGAUACGGAUUACUCGAGCGUCAGUACAUCUCAGACGGCAGCGGCGACGCCAGCUACAGGCGGAGAGGAAGGACCGACGGCGAAGAAGAUCAAGACUGAACCGGAGGUUAAGAAAGAAGAAGAGUCCGACGAGGACGAUGAUGAGGAGUUCGAAGAUGUGUAAUAUUUGAUUACUGCUUGACUUGGAUUUCGCCGUCUCGGUGUGGGCGCUGGCGCCCUCCCCCCCACCUCCCCCCUUUAUUUCAAACGUCUUAACGGCCAGGACGCAUGAUAGAUGAAUGUAAAAUUAGAACCUAGCUGCCAGCCAAUUCUGGAGAAAUGGUUGAAAUGUCCGCAAGUCUCAUCAGUAUAGGAGCCAUCACUUGAGCAAUCGAUGUCAAUCACCAAAGAUCUAUAA